AUGGCGUGUUCAACAACAGAACAGGAAGGUAUGAGCAAAGUAGACGUUUCCAAAUGUCCAAUUUGUUUUGAACAGUUUAAAACACCACGUGUCUUGUCAUGUUCGCAUGUAUUUUGUCACGAUUGUUUGUCUUCCUAUAUUAUAUCAACCUGUCAACCAAAGGAGGACCCAUUAGGAUUUCACUGUCCUGUAUGUCGAGAAUUUGUACCUAGUCCUAGUUUCUCCUCAAAUUUUAAAGAUUGGUGUCAGCAUUUUCGAACCAAUAGACAACUAGGGGAUAUUUCUCCUAAAAUAUGUGAAGCCUGUAAACGAGAAAAUGAGACGGAGGUGGCGGAUACCUAUUGUUUGUCUUGCUGUGAAGCACUUUGUGAUAUCUGUACCAAGUGUCACAGAAGAAGUCGUGUAUCUCGGGAUCACAAGAUCUGCCGUCUUGAUGAGAUAAAAUGUGUACCUGAAUUGUCAAAUAUAUUUUCAAACAUCUGUUGCGAAAAACACAAAGAUCGACCGAUAGAGCUAUUUUGCAAUGAUCAUGAGGAAGCUUGUUGUGCAAUGUGCUGCAGCACCGAACACAGGAAAUGUGAAAGCGUGGAAACCAUUCAACAAAAAGCAGAAAAAGUCAAAAGCAGUGGAUUAGUAGGGGACUUAUUAAAUGACAUCAAGGAAUUUGGACAAAAACUUUCUGAGACAAAAUGCAUAGAAGAAAAAAAUAUCACAGAAAUAGAAGAUGAGGCAGAUGCUAUAACUGGCGAGGUGCAAAAUGUGAAAGAAAAAAUUAUUCAGAAUCUUGAAAAACUGGAAAAUGAGUUUUUAGACAAAAUUUCCACACACAUAAAACAGUGCAAAGAAAAAUUGACAACGAAUAUACAGACAGUUGGUGAUAUAAUUCACUCCGUGGAACUAUGUCGAAAAGAUUUAGAGACAGCUACAAGUUUACAAGAUGUCAGUUUUCUGAUGGGAUUCCUCAAAACCAAGAAAACACUGGAAUAUAUCAAGAAUAAACAAGUAGAGAAAAUUGAGUUCAAAUUGCAAUCCACUUUAGAACUUGAUUUUAAAGCAGUUGCCAAUCUCUCAAAAAUUGGAAACGCUGAAAUUAUUGAAAAAAGAGAGCGUUUAUCAGAUAUGUUUGACGUUAAAAACCUUCUACUUGAGUUGUAUCAAGAGAUGCAAUUUCCUGGUAGCAGCAUUCGUAGUGUGAUCUUCCUUUCUGACACUGAAGUGAUAUUCCCUGACUGGAACACAGAUACAGUAAAGAGAUACUCUACAAAAAAAGACAAGUGGAAUUUUCAAAAUGAGAUUAUGCUUGUACAUAGUACCUUUGAUAUAAAGCGAAAUGGAGAUUUUUAUUUUGCAUCAUGCAUUUCGAGUAAAAAGAUAAAGAUUCUCUCAGCUGAGGAUUUUCAAAUACUGCGUACAGUCAAUGUUGGUAAGGCUUGUUAUGGGAUUUCAUUUUGGAAUCACUUCUUAUAUACAGCAUGUCACACAGCAAUUAUUAAAAUGGAUACAGAGGGAAAUAUAUUAAGAACAUAUCCCACAGCUAGCGGUGUUCACUAUGUUGCUGUCACAAGAAACGGGCAUAUUGUUUUCAGUAUUUUUAAGGGGAAACACUCGGUGUCUGCCAUAACAAACGAAGGUGACACUGUCUGGACAUAUAGUCACGAGAAGCUGAAGCAUCCUUACGGUCUUCAUAUUGACUGUGAUGAUAUUAUAUACGUGGCAGGGACAAAUAGUAACAAUGUUCAUGUGUUAACCAGCGAUGGGUUUCUACUACGUAUGAUUGAAGAUAUGCCAAGUCCGGUGUUUUUCAUAUUUAACAAGGAUAGAAAUAUUUGUUGUAUGGGGACAAAUGUAUGGGGCACUAGCAUUAAGAUGUAUGCAGUUAAGUUUUAA